AUGUUUGAUCUACCAAAUGCCAAGCGCAUCCGGCGCAAUGACAUCCACUCUCCACUGUCAUCCCGCGAACCAUCACCCGCACCAGACGAUGCUGAAGCACAAGACGCACGAGCCCGCCUAGGGAAACUUCUCAAUUUGGAUGAAUUGAUUGCUGUGCAAGACACACCUGCACAGGUGAACGACCUCGCGCAGCCAGAGGAUAACGAUGAGGAGCAAGAAUUCGAAUUCCGGCUGUUCAGUGCCCCCGCAAAAUCGACAGUAAAUGCAACCAAGGCGUCGGAGAAGGAUACCGACGCAAAGAUGAAAUCCACAGAAGCCGAAUCUCAGUCUUCCGGAGUCACACAAAAGUUGCGCAUUCGAUUACGGUCACCCUCACCGGGAGCUGGUGGUUCCGAGGGACGGUUCUUGAAAGCUUCCCGGGAUUGGGACUAUUAUUUCUCUACGCCCGAACUACUGGGUAGACGCGAUGUGGAGAUUUUGUCUGAAAACGAGGACGCUAUUGCCGAGAAGAAACAGCAAUUCGAGACUAUGGCCGUGUCCGGAGAGCACAUGUUAACAUGGGCCCGGUCACAAGCCUGGCCUGGCUGCCAUUUGCCCUGGCGAGUGAUCCACCUAAAACGCCAUCAGACAAAGCUACCACGACCAGCUGGUAGCGCGCCUGUCUAUGUGAUAGAAGGUGCACCUGUCUCAAAAAGCCCGCUCACCCGCAAGAAGCCCGGCAAAAAGCGCCGGGUCCAGCUGCGCAAGCGCGUUGUUUCUGCCCAGGCUGCUAAAGAAACGGAGGCCGAGAAGCGGAACCGCAAGAACCACGCGAGGAAGCUCAAGCGCCGACAGAAAGCGAGAGAGCAGAAGGCCGCGGCCGCGGGUGUCGCUGGUGCGGAUGCUGGUGCCGAGGAUGUCUCCAUGGCCGAUGGGGACGAUGAUGCUUCUUCUGGAGGGGAGAAUUGA